AUGCCUGCCAAGUCCCCCAUCGCUCUGGCUCUGGCCGCCGGUGCCAGCCUUGUCUCUGCCCACGGAUACGUCUCCUCCUGGGAGAUCGGUGGUGUCACCUACAAGGGUUUCGACGAGCAGUGGGCUGUCAGCCAGGGCACCAAGACCGGAAACGAGUUCAUUGCCUGGAGCGACUCCGCCUCUGACAACGGCUUCGUCGCCCCCGAUGCCUACGCUUCCGCCGACAUCAUCUGCCACCGUGAUGCCACCAACGCUGCCCUGAACAACGCCACCGUUGCCGCUGGUGGCACCAUCAAGGCCAUCUGGAACACCUGGCCCGACUCUCACCACGGCCCCGUCAUUGACUACCUCGCCCCCGCCGACGACCCCACCACCGUCGACAAGACCACUCUGUCUUUCGUCAAGAUCGCUGAGGCUGGUCUCAUCUCUGGCUCCAACCCCGGCACUUGGGCGUCCGACGAGAUCCUGAGCAACAACCUUGCCUGGGAGAUCACCAUCCCUGAGGGAACCCCCGCGGGCAACUACGUUCUCCGUCACGAGAUCAUUGCCCUGCACUCCGCCAACCAGGCCAACGGUGCUCAGAACUACCCCCAGUGUGUCAACAUCCAGGUCACUGGCGGCAGCGGCUCCUUCCCUGAGGGAACCAAGGGUGAGGCCCUGUACACGGCUGAUGAGGAUGGUAUCCUCUUCAACAUCUACCAGGACUUCUCCUCCUACCCCAUCCCCGGUCCCGCACUGGGCUUCAGCUCCUCCGGCGCCUCCAACAGCGGCUCCUCCUCCGGCUCUGCCUCUUCGGCUGUUGCCUCUUCCGCUGCCGCCGCCACCCCCUCCGCGGCUGCUUCCUCCUCUGCCGCCCCGGUUGCCGCUGAGACGACCGCCUCUGCCGUCGCCGCUGCCCCUACCAGCAGCACCGUCAGCAGCAGCUCCGCCCCCGUUGCCACCAAGGCUGCUUGCAAGAAGCGCCGCCACGCCCGUGACGUCAAGGCCUAA